GACAUGGGUUCAUAUACCCCAAAAAACAUCCUCAUUACUGGGGCAGCGGGAUUUAUUGCAUCUCAUGUUGCCAACCGCCUUAUCAGGAGCUACCCUGACUACAAAAUUGUUGUGCUUGACAAGCUUGAUUACUGUUCUAAUCUCAAGAACCUUCUUCCUUCAAAAUCAUGUCGCAAUUUCAAGUUUGUCAAGGGAGACAUUGGAAGUGCCGAUCUUGUGAACUACCUUCUCAUUACCGAGUCCAUCGACACAAUAAUGCACUUCGCUGCUCAAACACACGUUGACAACUCCUUCGGUAACAGCUUUGAGUUCACCAAGAACAACAUAUACGGUACUCAUGUCCUUCUAGAAGCCUGCAAAGUAACCGGUCAGAUCAGGAGAUUCAUUCAUGUUAGCACCGACGAGGUGUAUGGAGAGACAGAAGAGGAUGCCAUAGUCGGGAACCACGAAGCAUCUCAAUUGCUUCCGACGAACCCUUACUCUGCAACGAAAGCCGGGGCAGAGAUGCUUGUCAUGGCGUACGGAAGGUCGUACGGGUUACCGGUAAUCACCACACGUGGAAACAAUGUUUACGGUCCAAAUCAGUUCCCUGAGAAGUUGAUUCCAAAAUUCAUCCUUCUAGCUAUGCAGGGAAAGAAUCUUCCCAUUCACGGCGACGGUUCGAACGUGAGGAGUUAUCUUUAUUGUGAAGAUGUUGCAGAGGCCUUUGAAGUUGUUCUUCACAAGGGAGAGGUUGGCCAUGUUUACAACAUUGGGACCAAGAAGGAAAGAAGAGUUAUUGACGUGGCCAAAGAUAUUUGUAAACUUUUCAAUAUUGACCCAGACACUAGCAUAAAGCUUGUAGAGAACAGACCGUUUAAUGACCAGAGGUACUUUCUUGAUGACCAGAAGCUUAAGAACAUAGGUUGGUCUGAGAGGACCACGUGGGAAGAAGGCUUGAAGAAAACCAUGGAAUGGUACACCAAGAAUCCUGAUUGGUGGGGUGACGUCAGCGGGGCAUUACUUCCUCAUCCAAGAAUGCUGAUGAUGCCUGGGGGGAUGGAAAGACAUCUUGAGGGCUCAGAAGGUGAGAAGCCUGCAUCGGUUGGAUCAUCGAAUACUCGAAUGGUGGUUCCGUCACCGAAGAAUAGUAGCACUGCUCAACAGAAGCAUCCUUUUAAGUUCUUGAUUUACGGUAGAACUGGGUGGAUUGGGGGAUUAUUGGGGAAACUGUGUGAAAAGCAAGGGAUUCCGUAUGAAUAUGGAAAAGGGCGUUUGGAAGAUCGGUCCUCACUGGUGGGUGAUAUUCAGAGCGUAAAGCCAACGCAUGUAUUUAAUGCUGCAGGAGUGACUGGGAGACCUAAUGUUGAUUGGUGUGAAUCUCAUAAAACGGAAACCAUUAGAACGAAUGUUGCUGGUACUUUAACGUUGGCUGACGUCUGUAGGGAACAAGGCAUUUUAAUGAUAAAUUACGCCACGGGAUGCAUAUUUGAGUAUGAUGCAGCUCAUCCACAAGGCUCUGGUAUUGGUUUCAAGGAGGAAGACAAACCCAAUUUCAUUGGUUCUUUCUAUUCCAAAACCAAGGCUAUGGUUGAGGAGCUGUUGAGAGAAUAUGAGAAUGUAUGCACCCUUAGAGUUCGAAUGCCAAUUUCAUCCGAUCUAAGCAACCCUCGCAACUUCAUUACAAAAAUUUCUCGUUACAACAAAGUAGUUAACAUCCCUAAUAGCAUGACUAUUUUGGAUGAACUUCUUCCCAUCUCAAUUGAGAUGGCAAAGAGGAACUUGAAGGGAAUCUGGAACUUCACAAAUCCUGGGGUUGUGAGCCACAACGAAAUCCUUGAGAUGUAUAGGAAUUACAUUGACCCCAAAUACAAGUGGACUAACUUCACACUAGAAGAACAAGCUAAGGUUAUAGUUGCUCCUCGGAGCAACAAUGAGAUGGAUGCAUCCAAAUUGAAGAAAGAGUUCCCAGAAUUGCUUCCCAUUAAGGAAUCAUUGAUCAAGUAUGUCUUUGAACCAAACAAGAAAAAUUAA